GUUGUUGUAGUUCCUGUGGAGUAAACUGUCAUUCCGAGGACUGCAUUAGUUAGCUAGAAAUACUCUGUUGAUAAUCCAUCUGUUAGUCUACACCCUAACCAAUGCGCGUCCUCUUCCUAUCGAGCUGGUGGCACAGUUCGAGACAUUGGACUAACAUUACCUGAGUGUUGGGUGCACUGUUUUAGCUAGCUAGUUAAUGAAUUUAGCGUUAUUAACCAACAGUUAGCAAGCAACAGAGAACAAACCAAUUUGGCAGUAACGUUAGGUAGCUAUAAAAGAUUUCCCUAGCACACUGUCUAUGAGCUAGAUAGCUUUCAGCAGUAACGUUAGCUACUUCUACACUGCAAAUCCCAAGCACAGAAGGUUCAGUUAAUGUCACCUCUCCCGGCUCUUACUGACAUCUACCAUGACACCUACCCUCUUUCCAUUUACUGUAACCAGCAUCCUCACCCACUGAGCACCGAUCGACACCGAACCUCCAUGGAAGUUGAAAAGUAGCUGAAAUUUGCCCUUGGAUGGAGGCCCACAGCUCAAGCCGGUCAAGCCUGUCCAGGAAGAGGAGGAGAGAUGGAUCCAAGGGAGAAUCUGAGGAGGUAGAGCGUCCAGGGAAAGUCCCAAAAUCCACCGUGGGUUUAAAAGAUCCCGCCUCCUUUGCUGAUGAGCUGGUGUCGGCUGAGGACACUCCAUACCUGCGAGUCAGCAUGGAGGAGGCCAAGAGGGGAACUCCAUUUCAUAGGCCAGUGCGGGUCUAUGCAGAUGGCAUCUUUGAUGUGUUCCACUCAGGCCACGCCCGGGCACUCAUGCAGGCCAAGGGCCUCUUCCCCAACACGUACCUCAUCGUGGGCGUGUGUAGUGACGACCUGACGCACAAGUUCAAGGGGUUCACAGUGAUGAAUGAGGAUGAGCGCUACGAUGCAGUCAGCCACUGCCGCUACGUGGACGAGGUCGUCAGGAACGCGCCCUGGACGCUAACGCCCGAAUUCCUCGCCAAGCACCGAAUCGACUUUGUUGCCCAUGACGACAUCCCAUAUACAUCAGCAGGCCAGGAUGACGUUUACAAGCACAUCAAGGAGGCGGGCAUGUUUGCGCCCACCCAGCGGACGGAGGGCAUCUCCACCUCGGACAUCAUCACGCGCAUCGUCCGCGACUACGACGUGUAUGUGAGACGCAACCUGCAACGCGGCUACACUGCAAAAGAGCUCAACGUCAGCUUCAUAAAUGAGAAGAAGUACCACCUGCAGGAGCGUGUGGACAAGGUGAAGAGGAAGGUGCGUGACGUGGAGGAGAAGAGUAAAGAGUUUGUGCAGAAGGUGGAGAACAAGAGCAUCGACCUCAUUCAGAGGUGGGAGGAGAAGUCCCGGGAGUUCAUCGGCAACUUCCUGCAGAUGUUCGGCCCCGAGGGAGCACUGAAGCACAUGUUGAAGGAGGGCAGGGGCCGGAUGCUGCAGGCCAUCAGCCCAAGACAGAGUCCCAGCAGCAGUCCCACCCGUGAGCGCUCUCCCUCCCCCGUCUUCCGCAUGCCCUUCUUAAACAAGGCCUUGGCCUCGCCCCACCACAGUGCUGCACGGGGAUACACCGUCAGUGAGGAUGAUGACGAGUCUGACGAAGGUUAGGGCUCCCAUUUCUCGCGUUAGUUAAUCCUGCUCUUCGGUCCAUCGACAGUAUCAACGUUCAAGGCCCUCCAACCAAUCAUCAGUAUAGUGUUGUCCCUCACUUCAUUUUUUCACUCCUUUUUAAAUUGCUGGUGUCCAUUUAAUUUGUACUGUACCACAUCAGUCAGAGGGGGGUUAAUGCAGAAUUAUUUUUUGACAGCCGAUGUUGCAUUUCUCACCGAUAGGAACAUUUAUAGAUAUUAUUUUGAUGCACGCUUCCUACUCAGGAUGUUAUAACCUUAAGUGGGUAGAUUUUUAGUUACCCAUGAGUUUAGUGGGAAAUUCAGUUUUGUCUUCGGUGCACUGUUGCAUUCCUCCACAGAUUAUCUGAAUAUAGUAACCAUCAGUCCCUUGAGGAUUCCCCCUCGGAGUGUUUGUUUGCUUCUGUGAGUGUGUAAACUGCUAGUAUGUGUAGGCAUCUCGAUGUCCUCCAUCCAUGGACUCAGCUUGACCUUUUUGCACAUUAUAAUAAUACUAAUAGUUGGUCUCACUCGAGGUCAGUCGUUGGACAGAGGUUUUCAAAGCAUAGUGCCCAGCAUUUAACUAAAGAACUGGAUCUUGUUCAGUAGGGCUCAAGAGAACCUGUUUUCAGGAGGUUCUAGCUGAACCCAAACACUUGUGUGCAAUAACGAGACCUCGUUUUAAAAAUGACUACAUGCGUAAUACAAUUUUAUCCCUGUUACAUAUCUAUCUCCCUCCUGUAGUUGGGAUCCCUUGAUUUUGGCUGUUGACCCAACCCUUGCUAGUCUUUGUGGCAGCAAAGCAGGUGGUUUUAUUUCCUAUAUAAUUAUUUUAAGCAUAUUAUCGUAACCAUGUUGGAUUGUCUAUACAGUAUAAGGGAUGAUAUAAUCCAUUAAAAUACUGCUUCUCAUUAGGGCAUGUCUAUAUCUCUCUCUUGGUAGCAAGAGUUUUCUGAUAUGUAAGAAGCCAGUACUAACCUUUCACUCUCUGUCAGAUACAAAAUGUACCUGGCUUUAAGUACAUUGUUUUAAACAUUUUAUUGUUUUGGGUUGAGUUUGUUUAGCUCCUGAAUGUGCAGGCAUGAGAUCCCAGGGAACAUGUCAAUGGAAUAAAAAAAAAAUUAAAAAAACUUCAACCGUAA